AUGCUGAACGAUCGCAUUCCUUGUUGCACCAUUGCAUUGUAUCUCCGGAGGAUUUCCCUGUCUGAUCCAGCGAAGCGAUCCUUGCGCGGAGCUCUGGCGCGGCUGUGCAACACACGAGCUAUAGCCGAGGUUGGAAACAAAGGGAGACUUACAUGGGAUUGGAGAGCGUCGCGCCCAGCGCCAUGCGGAGGCGUAUGGAUCAUCCCCAAGUUUCUCAUCCGUGGAAUCCAGUUCUCGGCACAAAAUGCGAGAAUUUCCCAGGACAGCGUCACGGCGGAGCUGCAAGCUUGCGCCGAGGCCAAGAACCUGCGAGAGGGGCGACGAAUCCAUGCCCAGAUCGCGCAGAGCCCCCAUCUCUCCGCCAACAAUUUCGUGAUGAAUCAGGUGAUGCGGAUGUAUGGCAAGUGCGGCAGCCCCGAGGAAGCGCGCGGGGUUUUCGAUUCGCUCGCUUGCCCCAACCGGUAUUCGUGGAACAUCCUCAUCGCGGCAUUUUCCCAGAACGGGCAUUUGGAGGAAGCCAAGCAAAUGUUCGACCGCUGCCCUAACAAGGGCGUGGUGACGUGGAAUGCCCUCUUCCAGGCAUAUGCUCAGAAAGGGCAUUUUCUGCAAGCCAAGAAUGCAUUCGAUUCCAUGCCAGAGAGGGACGCCAUCUCGUGGAACUCGAUGCUCGCCGUGGCCUCGCACCACAAUCGCGUAGAGUAUGCCAAGAAGAUCUUCGAUUCAAUGCCGGCACUGAGCGUGCGGGCGUGGAACACGAUCUGCCAAGCAUUUGCCUUAGCGCGGGAAUUGCCCGAUGCCAAAGAGGCGUUUGAUUCAAUGCCCGAGAGAGAUGUGAUCGCGUGGACGACGAUGCUCAAUGCGUUCGCCGAGGAAUCGGAGGUGUCAUGGGUUAGGUUUUUGUUCGAUCGAAUGCCGGCGUGGGACACUCCCGCUUGGAACGCGCUCGCGCAGGCAUAUGCCCUAGCCGGUGACGCCGCGGGUGCCAAGCGCGUGUUCGAUUCCACGCCCCAGCGCGACGUGGUGACAUGGACGGGGCUGCUCAACGCCGUCGCUCAGGGCGGGAAUGUCCAGCAGAUUGAGUUCCUGUUUGAGAGAAUUCCAUUCCGGAAUGUGGUGACGUGGAAUAUCCUUGUUCAGGCAUAUGCCCACUCUGGGUAUCUGGAGAAAGCCCGUGCUACCUUUAACGCGAUGCCUACCAGCAACAUUUCCUGGAAUCUCAUGCUAAACGCUUAUUCCGAUAGCGGCCACGCUAGCGAAGCCAAGGAGCUGUUUGAUAGGAUCCCUGACCGGGACGAUGUGUCGUGGACGAACGGGCACGCAGUGGAGGCGGUGAUGGUGUUUAGGGCCAUGGCGCUCGAGGGCAUCGCGCCAGAUCUCAUUGGCUUCUCCACUGCGCUGACGGCGUGUAGCCAUGGCGGAUUGCUUGCCACAGGCUGGCAAAUCUUCGUGUCGAUGCGCUGUGAUUACGGAUUGAAGCCCGGGAAGGAUCACUACCGGUGUAUGAUCGACAUUCUUGGUAGAUCGGGGAGGAUUAUCGACGCGGAGGAGCUGAUUCAUAGCAUGCCCUUCCUCCCCGACGAGAUCGCGUGGGCGAGCUUGCUCUCUUCUUGCAAGAUCCAUCGCAAUGCCGCAGCUGGGGCUCGUGCGGCGGCGGCAGCGCUUCGAUUUGAUGCCAGGGAGCCGGCCACAUUCGUGCUGAUGCAGGAUCUCUACGCCGCCGCGAGCAUCAAGAAAGAAAUCGCGGAUCCCUGGAUCGGGGAGAUUAAUGGGGAGUUGGAAGAAUAUGGAUGA